UGCAUCGUCUACAUCGACGAGAUCGACGCCGUGGGCAAGCGCCGCGCCAGCAGCGCCGCCGGCUUCGCCAACGCCGAGGAGGAGCAGACCCUCAACCAGCUGCUGGUGGAGAUGGACGGAAUGGGGACCACGGAUCACGUCAUAGUGCUGGCGUCCACCAACCGCGCCGACGUCCUGGACAACGCUCUGAUGAGACCUGGGAGGCUGGACAGGCACAUCUUCAUUGAUCUCCCAACGCUCCAGGAGAGAAGAGAGAUCUUCGAGCAGCACCUGAAGGGUCUCAAACUGAUCCAGGACGCCAGCUUCUACUCGCAGCGCCUGGCUGAGCUGACCCCAGGCUUCAGUGGAGCUGACAUAGCAAACAUAUGUAAUGAAGCUGCUCUUCAUGCUGCUAGAGAAGGUCACAAGUCCAUCGACACUUCCAACUUCGAGUAUGCUGUGGAACGAGUCAUUGCAGGCACUGCCAAGAGGAGUAAAAUCUUGUCUCCUGAGGAGAGGAGGGUGGUGGCAUUCCACGAGUCGGGGCACGCCCUGGUCGGCUGGCUGCUGGAGCACACUGAGGCAGUGAUGAAGGUCUCCAUCGCCCCGCGGACAAACGCAGCGCUGGGCUUCGCUCAGAUCCUCCCUCGAGAGCAGCACCUCUUCACCAGGGAGCAGCUGCUGGAGAGGAUGUGCAUGGCCCUGGGGGGCAGGGUGGCCGAGGCCAUCACCUUCAACAAAGUCACCACAGGAGCACAGGAUGACCUGAAGAAGGUGACCAAGAUAGCCUACUCCAUGGUGAAGCAGUAUGGGAUGGUGCCCAGCAUUGGGCAGGUCUCCUUCCCAGACCUGGAGACUGCCCCUGGGAUCGGCCGGCGUCCCUUCAGCCAAGGACUCCAGCAAAUGAUGGACCAUGAAGCAAAAGUCCUGGUGGCUCAGGCUUACAGGCGCACAGAACAACUCUUACUGGAGAACAGGGACAAGCUGCAGACACUGUCCAACGCCCUCCUGGAGAAAGAGGUGAUAAAUUAUGAUGACAUUGAAGCUUUGAUUGGGCCUCCACCCUAUGGGCCAAAGAAAAUGAUAGCUCCUCAGAGCUGGCUUCAAGCAGAGAGAGACAAGCAAGACACCAGAGAUGAAGAAAUGCCCCAGCAGCCACCAAACCACGAGGAGGAGGAAGAACCACGCCUGAGACCAGUAUGAAGCCUGCUCCCAGUGUGGAAUGGGCUCCAGGGGCUCCUGUUGCACACAGACCCUUUCCCUGUUCAGCUCCAGCACCGAGGAUAGCUGAGGAGGGAACCUCUGUGCUGCUAUUAAAAAUUCAAGGGAUGGCUGCACUGGAUCUUUUAAGGAGCUUUUCCCUGCAGG